AUGAACCCAGCAGACCACAUCAACCAGACCCUUUCUGCCCAGAUGUCUCUGUUGGAGCAACAUGACAAUACGCUCAAGGCCCUCAUGGAACACAUGAAGGAGUUUUCUAUCAGCCUGGCAAGCCUGAGGACUCAAGUAAUCAACACAACGGCCACUGAUAAUAUUUCUGCUCCUUCUGCUGCCCCAUCGCUAGUCCUGCCUCCUCCUACCAGAGAUGUUUUUGUUCCUCCACCGGCACCGUACCACGGCGACCUGGGGUCAUACCUCCGUUCCGCACCGCCUGACCCCAGCCCAGCACCGCCUGACCCCAGCUCUGCACCCAGCCCUGCCCCGCCUGGUCCCAGCCCCAUUCCCGGCUCUCCUGUGUUUUGA